AUGUCGUAUCAUGAUGGUCGAAAGAUACCGCAUGGAUCGACAGGUGCCAGUUCCGGCCCGGGGAAUACUAAUUUGUCGGGAUCCCCGUCUUCGGGCUCCACGAUGAAAGAUUACAUCGGCAACUCUGCUGGAUCCAGGCGAUCGAGCGGAAAUUUCGCCCGAUUAGCUUUCAGCAUUUAUGGCGGGUCCAGUGGAGUUGGUACAGGAAAUUCGGGAACGGCUUCCUCGAUCUCCCCGUCUUUCCACCAUCAUCACCGACUCUCAGUCAAUGCGGUUCAGUUUUACGCGCCAGCAGAGAUCCUUUGUGUAGGAAAAAGCCACGAUUCCUCCAAUAUCUUGGCGGUAGGUGGACAGAAGAUGCUGCAAUUGCUGAAGGUGGUGGGCAACGAAGUUGUGGUUGAAAGCGACAUUUUUAGCUCCUCCAGGAACACCAAGUUCGGGUCUGCUUCAGACGUCAAGUUUGGUCAUGCACAAUUCAACAAGGUGUUUGCAGCGGCCACAAUUUCCGGCUCAAUAUACACCUAUAAUGUUCAGAGAGGUUUCAAGGCCCAGGGGCUUUUGAACGAGCAUUCACGCGCAGUCAAUUCCAUCGACUUCAACGUCCAGAACCCUUGCAAUUUGGUGUCUGGUUCGCAGGACGGAACUAUGAAAAUCUGGGAUUUGCGUUCUAAGGGAAACCGUGCUGCUGUGACAAUAUAUGGAAUAUCGGAUGCCGUAAGAUGUGUGCAGUUUUCGCCCCACAAUGCCCGAAAAGUAGCCGGUAUAUUUGACUCUGGAGUCAUCAAGAUGUGGGACAUGAGAAACCCCAAUCAGUACGAGAAACGAAUGACCGCUCAUACCGGUCCGGGGCUCAGUCUCGACUGGCAUCCUGAGUAUGACUAUAUUCUGAGUGGUGGAAGAGACAAACAACUCCAGGUAUGGAAUAUGGCAGCUACCGAUUCCAGAGAGCCCAACUAUGUGAUCAGCACUUCCGGUGCCAUUUCCAAAGCCAGUUGGUGUCCUUACGAGACCUCUUCGCUGCUCAGUACGGACAUUGCAAUUUCAUUUCUGAAUGACGAUCCAUGUGUUCAAGUGUGGAAUUUGUCAAGGAAGUAUAUACCGAAACAGACUGUGGAGUCGCAUUCUAACCAGGUCACAGGACUCGUAUGGGCCUCCGCCGACAGCAUUUGGAGUUGUUCACGAGACAGAAUGCUAGUUCUGGAUGACCUCAAGACUUUUCCAAGGCCUUUGGAUAAUGUUCCGCCUGCUGUUGUGGGUUGGAACAGCAGCUCAGGCACUGAACUCUGUUUUGUGCAACAGAACAAGUAUCAGUUCGAAAAGACGUUGGCUGUUCCGGCCGCAAGACCGGCUGCAAACUCAGUGGUGAGUUCUUCUGAGACCAUAGGAAGGUAUCAACAAUCUCAGCAACUGGUAGCUUCCCCCACGAAUUCCAAUCAUGCGCAAUUAUCACCGACUGGAAGCCUUCAUGCCCAGAGCACCCAGACCUCAGCCUCAACGUCGCCUUGGAGUAUGAGCUCCACCAACAUUGCAGAUAUGAAAUUUACGCCUGUGAUGGCGAGAUCUCAGAGCUACAGACCCCAGCUGAAUAGGACGCCGUCUCAAAUUCCACCCGCAUCUUCAGAUACCGAGAUCCAGACCCAAUCGCCGUACAUGUGUCCAGUGAACCUACCGCUUCGUGAUAGUAGUCCCGAAGUCUUUGAGUUUCUUGCUUCUCAUUACCUGAUCAGCGUUCCAGAUGGAAUGGACAUAGUCUCUCUCUGCGAAUACAACGCCAGUAUUGCAGCAAGUGCCAGAAAGUUCAGAGACUGCCAGACGUGGAGAACAAUCAAAGCCAGUAUUCUCUGGCAGAUGUCCGAAGAGGAAAAUGGCAACACGGUGAUGGAGAAUACGCAUGAUCCAGCGUUCUACGAGGAACAUGUGAAUGAACAGAAGAGAAUGCCGAUUCCACGUGGUUCCAUGAUGACCGUUGAUUCGCGAUCCAGUUUUGAUACCGCGCUGGGAUCGGCCCCAUCCGACCAUUUUGGUAUAGGCUCAUCUCCUGGAAAUGUGUUUGCCAAGUCGUUCAAGGCCGGACUCGCCAACUUGGAGAUGGCCAAGGCAAGAACUUAUUCAGGUCUCAGUAUGCAAAGUUCCCCCGAGAGUAGAAGCAAUUUGACUGAAAGGUUCGAGAAACUGAGGAUGACUGAGGCGAGUAAAGCCAGCAAAGUAGAGAAUGCUGCUGACUUGGAUAACGAGAAUGCAAUCUCAGAUGGUGAAGAGCCGAAUGAAAGUGAGCAGAAGCAACCCGUUCAAAUUCCGCCAAGCAUGGAGAAUGUGGAACGAGACCAUGAUCCCGAGACCAAGGCAAUUCCGAUAGGAAAGUCUCCUAACAAAAGCGUCAAGUCUGGAAACGGUUCUGGCAACCGUUACACGUUCAGAGGGGAAGUGGCACCAGACUUCGACAAUGAGAAGCCCCCCAGUCCCAAUUUUUCAAGCAAAUCGCCGUAUUCGUUGAGGUCAAGUCUCUCUUCUUCGAUGAGAAAGGUGGACACGAAGCUUCAGGGCAAUACCAGUCUGUUGGUUCAGCCUCUGCUCAAGACAUCGCGAGCUGCUUCGAGGAUUAGUGGUCGGAGCGAGUUGACUGAAAUGCUCAAAAGUGUUAAGAGUGAACAGACAGAAAAGGAUUUGGGCGAGUUCCACUUAAAUGUUCCCUGGUCGCCCAAUCGCAUGAUCCAACAGGCGUCUGAUUACAGUGCACAGCAGGGAGACAUAAUUAUGAGCGCGACAUUGGCCCUGUUGUUUGCAAAGAAGUAUGGAGGAAUUCGAUACAGAACUGCCGAGGACUGGGUGUAUUCCUAUCACGAGAUUCUGUGCAGAAGAACGCUCUUUGGGGUGGCAGCCAAUGUCAUGAAGGUGGCCAGUGAUCUGUUUGAUUCAUUGAAACAAAAGGGCCAGACAGAUGUCUCACUGAGGACAUUCUGCGGAAACUGUGGGUCCCUGAUUUUGAAUGAGAAUACCAAAAACAGACUCCAGACCGAUCCUGAGAUUGAGUUUGGCUUCUGGUAUUGCGAUCGGUGCAACAAGUCGUUGGGAGGGUGUAUCUACUGCCAUGAGGCAGUGAAGGGCAUGGCGGUGUGUCUGCUUGAGUGUGGCCAUAGGGGCCAUUUUGGAUGCCUCAAGAGGUGGUUUUUCGAGGAAGGUGAAACAGAUUGCCCUGCUGGGUGUGGAUUUGUUGCUCUUAGAUAG